GACGAACAUGUUCUUGUUUUUUCAAUCAACCGCCCACUUGCUGUCCCUCAUUCAACUCAAAAAAGUCUCAAACCUUUACUCAACCCUUCUUCUUCUUCUGUGUUUUCUUGCUCUUACUUCCUUGAUUGCAUUCUCAAAGGAAGAUGGUGGGGAUGGUUUUAGAGGCAAAAGAUGCAGGAGAUUGGGUUUAUAGAGGAGAAGGAGGUCUUAAUAUUGUUCUUGCUUACAAAGGAUCCUCACCCAACUUUAUUGGCAAAGUGUUACGGGUGCGAAAGCUUAAGCGGAAUGCAUCUGAAUAUGAGAAAGCUCCUUCAGUGUUAUCCAAGCAUGAGUGCCUUAUAUGGAAAGAUGUAGGAGAGCUUUUAUCUGCUCCAACAAAGGAUGUCGCAAAUCAUAUGUAUGCGCAGCUUGUAAUGUGUCCAUUAUUAGGCUCUCAACAUGUUGAUGCUGGGGUUCGUGUUAUGGUGAGCAAGGAAUUUCUAGAGUCGCUACAUAAUGAUGUUUUACUUGAGCGACCUUCUUGGCGAGUGGACAGUGGUAGGAUUGAUUACCUGCGUGACUCAGCAAUUCUCAUGUCUGACCAUUCAAUUUUUCCCCAUGCUGUCCAUGAAAAAGAAAUUUGCAUAUCGGUUGAGAUAAAGCCAAAGUGUGGAUUUCUUCCAAUUUCAAGAUAUAUCAGGGAGGAAAACUCAGCCAAGAAAAGAAUAUCCCGCUUCAAGCUGCACCAGAUCCUCAAAUUUCAUCAAAGAAAGGUACCUCAAAUAAGUGAAUAUGACCCCUUGGAUAUGUUUUCUGGGUCGAAAGGAAGAGUGUUAAAAUCAGUCAAGGACCUCUUUCUUACCCCUCAGAACAAUUUCCGGGUAUUCUUAAAUGGUUCACUUAUAUUAGGGAGUUUGGGUGGUGAGGCUGAUGAUACUGAUAUUCAAAUUGCACAAGCAUUUGAAAAUACACUCAAAGAUUUCAUUGACGCUGAUGAUGGCAUGCGUACUCGUAACUUUCUUCAGCUUGUUGCUGAGGCUGUUUCUGAAUCUGGAAUAAUGGACCGCCUUCUCAAAGUUCAGAAGCUUGAUGUAUAUGAUAUAGAAGGUGCUAUUCAUGCAUAUUACGAUGCAGUGUCUCAACCAUGUGUAGUGUGUAAGGAAUUAGGUGAAGACAAAGAUUUUGGUAGUUAUGAGUCUCUACAUUCAAUUCCUAUUGAUCAAAGCUUGCAGAUUGUGAGAGAUUUUUUUAUAUCUUCAACCGCCAAGGAUUUGAGUCUGAUGAUCAGUUUUUGUCCAAGACGAAAAAGAGAUCCAGAUUCUCCUUUUGGGGUCGUAUACCUUGAAUCAACUAACCAAUGUUUUGAUUAUAAGGCAUCUUUUAUUGAUCUGGAUAUGAAGCCUCUUGAGAAAAUGCCGUACUACUAUAAGCUGGAUCAAGAAAUAGUUGGUUGCUACUGUUCAAUGAUGGAGACUGUAAAUCAGCCCACAAAAUGUCUAGUUGAACCUCUGCCUGAAGAUCGAUCAACUGCCAUUGAAGACAGCUCACAUAUUUGAAAGAUAGCUAAUGGUAAUUACCUGAUGUUUUUUCAUUUCUGUAAACCUGUAUUAAUGAGAAACAAGAGGCUAGGGAGAUUAAGGCACCUCUAAGCCCCCUUAAACACCACUUUAAAAACUAAUAAAUCGCACAUUUGUGAGA